ACAACUGAUCCAUAGUUUCAGAGAAAAGUCAACUGCAAAGUCGUCGCUGCUUUUGCUGCGUGGAGCGUAAAAUUUUACUGACGACGACGGUCAGUACCACGACGAGGAGGGAAGGAAAGCUACGAAACGGCAGAGGCAAUUAAAAAUACGAAUUUGCGUGUUGUAAGAAGGUGAUGGUUUGUUUGAGGAGAAAUUUCUCGAAAAUCAAAGAAUAAAUAGAAGGCCUUCUUCUCCUUUGCUCCGCAUUCGAACUCACUUUGACCUGUGCCUUCUUUUUCCUCCGAGGGGUUAAAAACCGAGCACACAGGAGUGAAAAGCUUCGAUUUUGCAGCUGUAAGAAGAUGGCUUCUCUUUUGUGGCAAUGCACACUCCUCUUAUCAGCUUUUGCUCAUCAUAUAUAUGGCUUGAACUCUGAAGGGAAGUCACUUCUUACUCUUUCAAGAACACUUGUAUUGCCAUCUGGCAUAAAAUCUACCUGGAAAUCUUCAGAUUCAAGCCCUUGUAGAUGGUUUGGAGUCCACUGUGGUAGAAGUAGUUAUGUUGUUUCUCUCAACUUUUCAUUUAUUGGGAUAUCAGGAAGCUUAGGACCAGAGGUUGGACAAUUGCAUCAUCUUGAGAGAAUUGAUCUUGCUUUCAAUUCUCUCUCUGGUUCAAUCCCGCCAGAGUUGGGAAAUUGCACACGUCUCCGAUACAUGGAUCUUUCAAACAACCUUUUGUCUGGUGACAUACCUAAGAACCUGGGAAACUUAAGCAGGCUAUCCCAUCUCUCUCUCUUCAACAACUUCCUCCAUGGAAGCAUUCCAGAUUCAUUGUUUCAAAUUACAAAUCUGGAAAUAGUUUACCUUAAUCAGAACAAUCUCACUGGUACUAUCCCACCAAGUGUAGGGGAAAUGAGAAAGGUCAUCCUUUUAUGGUUGAGUGAUAAUCUCUUGUCUGGUUUCUUGCCUGAUUCGAUUGGAAAUUGUACUAAAUUAGAGGAGCUCUAUCUUGACCAAAACCAGCUGAUAGGGUCUCUUCCAACCAGUUUAAAUAGAAUCAAAGGCCUUAAUUACGUUAUUGUUAGCAGUAAUGGUCUAACAGGAAGGAUUCCUCUAAUCCCAAGCAGCUGCAAGGAGUUGCAAUGGUUGGACUUGUCAAAUAAUAAGUUCGAAGGAGAAAUUCCUGAAGGGAUGGGAAACUGUAGUAGUUUGAGUAUUUUAGAUGCUUCUAACAAUAGCUUAACUGGCCAGAUACCCUCCUCCAUUGGAUUAUUAACUAAGCUUUCAGAUCUUUAUUUGUUUGAGAACUCUUUGACGGGGCCAAUUCCUCCUGAGAUCGGCAAUUGCAGUUUGCUGUCAAGUUUAGAGAUUUAUGAAAAUCAAUUAGAAGGAACAAUUCCUAAAGAACUAGGUAAACUAAUUCAUUUGCAGAAACUCUCUAUCUUUUACAAUGAACUCUCUGGUGAGCUCCCACAAGAGAUGGUGGAGCUGAAAAAUCUGAAGAUAAUAAUUCUUUUUGGCAACAAAUUCAGUGGAGUUAUACCGCAGGGUGUUGGAAUUAAUAGUAGCCUUUUGAAGAUUGAUCUCACCAAUAAUUUCUUGACUGGUGCAAUACCACCUGGAAUUUGUCAUGGUAGAAAGUUGGAGAUUUUGAAUUUGGGUCUUAAUUUACUGAACGGUAGCAUUCCUUCAGAUAUUGGAAACUGCAUGAGCUUAAAGAGGAUGAUACUUAGUCAUAAUCAUCUCACUGGUUAUAUACCAAAUUGGGCAAUUGGAUCAAGUUUGAACUAUAUGGAUGUAAGUAUGAAUGAUUUGGAUGGGAGCAUUCCUGCUACAGUAGGCAACUGCGUGAAUCUUACUUUGAUAGACUGGUCAAGAAACAAGCUCGCUGGACUUAUACCUCGAGAAAUAGGUAACUUACAGCAACUAGGAGUCUUGAAUAUUUCUCACAAUAAUUUGAAUGGUCAGCUACCUCUUGAAAUCUCUCACUGUAAAAGGCUUUUCAUUUUGGACCUGGGUUUUAAUUCUUUGAAUGGUUCAAUACCAUCAAGCUUUGCAAACCUAACUGAUCUCUCUCAGUUUAUAUUGCAAGACAAUCAAUUCAAUGGAGGGAUCCCUAAUUUCUUGUCACAGCUUAAUCACCUAAUAGUUUUGCAACUAGGAGGAAAUGUUCUUGGUGGACAAAUUCCAUUUUCAUUGGGUUCAUUACAAAGUUUGAACAUAGCUUUGAAUCUUAGCAGUAAUGGGCUUAUAGGUCAGGUUCCUCCACAGUUGGCAAAUUUAGAUAACAUCCUGAGCUUGGAUCUAUCUCUAAAUAAUCUGUCAGGAAGCCUUGAACCAUUGGGAGGACUCAGCUCAUUGAUUUAUGUGAACGUUUCAUUUAAUCAGUUUGCCGGUCCAGUACCAGAAAGGUUGCGCAAGUUUCUGCAAACUUGGCCAAGCUCUUUCAUUGGAAAUGCUGAUCUUUGCGAUUCUUGCUCACCUUGCUUGAAUCAAACCAUCUUAAAACCAUGUAACAGCAAGCCGAAAAGCUCUUUCAGUAAGAUUGGAUUGGUUGCAAUAAUUAUUGGCUCUUUACUUUUCUGUUUAUUAGUGAUUUUUGCAAUAGGUUGCUUGGGCCCCUUGCUUAAAAAAAUAGUGAUAGAAGAAGUUCCUUCUUUACAUGAAGAUUCUUCUUUACUUCUGAACAAAGUGAUGGAGGUGACAGAGAACAUGGAUGAGAAAUAUGUCAUAGGUAGAGGAGCACAUGGAACAGUUUAUAAGGCUUCAUUAAGUCCAGAAGAAGUGUAUGCUGUGAAGAAAUUUGUCUUUGGCGUUCAGAUGGGUUCGAAUGUGAGCAUGUUGACAGAAAUUAGAACACUGGGAAAGAUCAAACACAGGAAUUUAAUGAAAUUAGUGAAUUUCUGGUUGAAAAGUGAUUGUGGAUUAAUUUUGUAUGAAUAUAUGGAAAAUGGAAGCCUUCAUGAUGUGUUGCAUGAGAUCAAGCCAUCUCCAGUUCUUGAUUGGAAAUUACGCUACAAAAUAGCUAUUGGGAUUGCCCAAGGUUUAUCCUACCUCCAUUGGGACUGUAAUCCAGCUAUCAUCCACUGCGACAUUAAACCAAAAAAUAUUCUUUUGGACUCGGAAAUGGAGCCCCACAUCACAGAUUUUGGAAUUGCAAGGUUCAUGGAUCAAUUCUCAGCCACCCCAACCACCACUGGGAUAAUGGGCACCAUUGGUUAUAUGUCCCCAGAGAUUGCAUUUACUGUCAGAAGGAACAAGGAAUCUGAUGUUUAUAGUUACGGCAUUGUUUUAUUUGAACUGAUAACAAGAAAGAUGGCAGUAGACCCAUCUUCUUCCGAGAACUCAGACUUGGCUAGUUGGGUGAGAUCAAGCUUGAUUGGCAUAAAUGAUAUAAACGUGAUCAUUGAUCCAGAUUUAAUGGAUGAAGCUUUGGAAUCCAAAGUAGCAAAAGAAAUAUGCGAAGUAGUCAUGUUAGCUUUAGAGUGCACAAGAAAAGAGCCAAGUGAGAGACCUUCAAUGCGAGAUGUGGUGAAUCACUUAACAGACAUCAAAUCCAAUUAUUUUUUAUACUCUGGGAAGCACGCAUAUGAAGAAGAUCUGACACCUGUUGAUGUGGACAUGAACCCAGUGCAAAGCUUCCUUGAUUCCUUCGCAUCACAGAAAGGAUCACAGGCGUGCCUCUAUCUUUCUCCUUCACCCACCAAUGGAAUAACGGCGCCAUUGCAGCCAAGAUCCAACUUUCCUUCAAAUCUGGCCCCGGGAAUGAAAUCCCCAAAGCAAGACUUCAGCUUUCAAACCAAGAAUGCGGAAAUCAAAGAUAAGCUGUCACCAUUUCCUUGCACGCAGCUCAGACAAGCUCUUCAUCAUCCAGAACCAAAUUCAUGUACUCAUCUAAACCUUCUAAAACAACAAAAAGAUUGGCGGAGGGAAGUUAAAUUAAAUGCAAAAAUUGUUGAACAUAUUGCAUGCAGGCUGAAUGAACCCGGCUUGUUUUUGCAUGCUGGUCGGUUUUCCGGACCAGAACCCGAACCGCUUCGGGUUUUGCACAAUCCGACCCAACCCGCUUCGAGUUCGACAACGGCAGAAAUCACGUGUUUAAGGGACUUCGACGGCCGACAACAUCGCGGGCAGCCGGCGUUCAGCAGCGGGCAGCGGCGACGUCUUGCGACGCGCGGCAACAGUUCACCAACAGUUGGAUUGUGGGUAGAAUCGGCGGUGCGAGUCACGCGUGGUAGCAACUCAAUGCAUGUGGGCAGAUCGGGUAGCCGAGUCAUUCCAGGUUCCCGGAUGGCUUCUCUUUUCUGGCAAUGCACACUCCUCUUAUCAGCUUUUGCUCACCAUUCAUAUGGCUUGAACUCUGAAGGGAAGUCACUUCUUACUCUUUCAAGAACACUUGUAUUGCCAUCUGGCAUAAAAUCUACUUGGAAAUCUUCCGAUUCAAACCCUUGUAGAUGGAUUGGAAUCCACUGUGGUCAAAAUAGUUAUGUUGUUUCUCUCAACUUUUCAUCUAUUGGGAUAUCUGGCAGCUUAGGACCAGAGGUUGGACAAUUGCAUCAUCUUGAGAGAAUUGAUAUUGGUUUCAAUGCUCUCUCUGGUUCAAUCCCACCAGCGUUGGGAAAUUGCACCCGUCUCCAAUACCUGGAUCUUUCAAACAACCUUUUGUCCGGGGACAUACCUAAAAGCCUGGGAAACUUAAGCAGGCUUUCCUAUCUCUCUCUAUACAACAACUUCCUCCAUGGAAGUAUUCCAGAUUCAUUGUUUCAAAUUACAAAUCUGGAAACAGUUUACCUGAACCAGAACAAUCUCACUGGUACUAUCCCACCAAGUGUAGGGAAAAUGAGAAAGGUCAUCGUUUUAUGGUUGAGUGAUAAUCUCUUGUCUGGUUUCUUGCCUGAUUCGAUUGGAAAUUGUACUAAGUUAGAGGAGCUUUAUCUUGCCCAAAACCAGCUGAUAGGGUCUCUUCCAAACAAUUUAAAUAGAAUCAAAGGUCUUAAUUAUGUUGAUGUUAGCAGUAAUGGUUUAACAGGAAGGAUCCCUCUAAUACCAAGCAGCUGCAAGGAGUUGCAAUGGUUGGACCUGUCAAAUAAUAAGUUUGAAGGUGAAAUUCCUGAAGGACUGGGAAACUGUAGUAGUUUGAGUAUUUUAGCUGCUGAUAACAAUAGUUUAACUGGCCAAAUACCCUCCUCCAUUGGUUUAUUAACCAAGCUUUCAGAUCUUUAUUUGUUUGGGAACUCUUUGAUAGGGCCAAUUCCUCAUGAGAUCGGAAAUUGCAGUUCGCUAUCAAAUUUAGAGAUUUAUGAAAACCAAUUAGAAGGAGCAAUUCCUAAAGAACUAGGUAAACUGAUUCAUUUGCAGAAACUCUAUCUCUUCAGCAAUAAUUUGAGUGGAGAAAUCCCUGUUGAGAUUUGGAAGCUACAAGAGCUUCAGGAAAUUCUUCUCUACUACAAUGAACUCGCUGGGGAGCUCCCACAAGAGAUGGUGAAGCUGAAAAAUCUGAAGGUAAUAACUCUUUAUGGCAACAAAUUAAGCGGAGUUAUACCGCAGGGUCUGGGAAUUAAUAGUAGCCUUUUGAAGAUUGAUCUCAUCAAUAAUUUCUUGACUGGUGCAAUACCACCUGGAAUUUGUCAUGGUAGAAAGUUGGAGGUUUUGAAUUUGGGUCUUAAUUUACUGAACGGUAGCAUUCCUUCAAAUAUUGGAAAUUGCGCGAGCUUAAAGAGGGUGAUACUUAGCCAUAACCAUCUCACUGGUUAUAUACCAAAUUGGGCAAUUCGAUCGAGCUUGAAUUAUGUGGAUGUAAGUGUGAAUGAUUUGAAUGGGAGCAUUCCUACUACAGUAGGCAAUUGUAUGAAUCUCACUUUAAUAAACUUGUCAAGAAACAAGCUCACUGGACCUAUACCUCCAGAAAUAGGCAACUUACGGCAACUAGGAGUCUUGAAUAUUUCUUACAAUAAUUUGAAUGGUCAGCUACCUCUUGAAAUCUCUCACUGUAAAAGGCUUUUCAUUUUGGACUUGGGUUUCAAUUCUUUGAGUGGUUCAAUACCAUCAAGCAUAGCAAACCUAACCGAUCUCUCUCAGUUUAUAUUGCAAGACAAUCAACUCAGUGGAGGGAUCCCUAAUUUCUUGUCACAACUUAAUCAUCUAACAGAAGUGCAGCUAGGAGGAAAUGUUCUUGGUGGAAAAAUUCCAUUGUCAUUGGGUUCAUUACAAAGUUUGAACAUAGCUUUGAAUCUUAGCAGUAAUAGGCUUAUAGGUGAGGUUCCUCCACAGUUGGCAAAUCUAAAAAAAAUCCAGAGCUUGGAUCUAUCUCUAAAUAGUCUGUCGGGAAGCCUUGAACCAUUGGGAGGUCUCAGCUCAUUGAUUUAUGUGAACGUUUCAUUUAAUCAGUUCGCAGGUCCGGUACCAGAAAGUUUGCGCAAGUUUCUGCAAACUUCGCCAAGCUCUUUCAUUGGAAAUGCUGAUCUUUGCGAUUCUUGCUCGCCUUGCUCGAAUCAAACCAUCUUAAAACCAUGUAACAGCAAGUCGAAAAGCUCCUUCAGUAAGAUUGGAUUGGUUGCAAUAAUUAUUGGCUCAUCACUUUUCUGCUUAUUAGUGAUUUUUGCAAUAGGCUGCUUGGUUCCCUUGCUUAAAAAAAUAGUGAUAGAAGAAGUUCCAUCUUUACAUGAAGGUUCUUCUUUACUUCUGAACAAAGUGAUGGAGGCGACAGAGAACAUGGAUGAGAAAUAUGUCAUAGGUAGAGGAGCUCAUGGAACAGUUUAUAAGGCUUCAUUAAGUCCAGAAGAAGUGUAUGCAGUGAAGAGGCUCGUCUUUGGCGCUCAGAAAGGUUCUCAUGCAAGCAUGCUGACAGAAAUUAAAACAGUGGGAACGAUCAAGCACAGGAACUUACUGAAAUUGGUGAAUUUCUGGUUGAAAAGUGAUUGUGGAUUAAUUCUGUAUGAAUAUAUGGAAAAUGGAAGCCUUCAUGAUGUGUUGCAUGAGAUCAAGCCAUCUCCAUUUCUCGAUUGGAAAUUACGCUACAAAAUAGCUAUUGGGAUUGCCCAAGGUUUAUCCUACCUCCAUUGGGACUGUAAUCCAGCUAUCAUCCACUGCGACAUUAAACCAAAAAACAUUAUUUUGGACUCAGAAAUGGAGCCCCAUAUCACAGAUUUUGGAAUCGCAAGGUUCAUGGAUCAAUUCUCAGCCACCCCAACCACCACUGGGAUAAUGGGCACCAUUGGUUAUAUGUCCCCAGAGAUUGCAUUUACUGUCAAGAGGAACAAGGAAUCUGAUGUUUAUAGCUAUGGUAUCGUCUUAUUCGAACUGAUUACAAGAAAGAUGGCAGUAGACCCAUCUUUUUCAGAGAACUCAGACUUGGUUAGUUGGGUGAGAUCAAGCUUGGAUGGCGUCGAUGAUAUAAACCAGAUCCUUGAUCCAGAUUUGAUAGAUGAAGCUUUGGAAUCCAAAGUAGCAAAAGAAAUGUACGAAGUAGUCAUGUUAGCUUUAGAGUGCACAAGAGAAGAGCCUAGUGAGAGACCUUCAAUGAGAGAUGUUGUGAAUCACUUAACAGACAUCAAAUCCAAUGAGUUUUGUUCAUGGAAACAGAAAAUGGAUGCCACAGAUUCUUCUGAGGACUAAGGCAUUGAAGUGGAGAUUUGUAGCCCAUUGGAUGCUCCUAUUGCUUUUUCCAUUUCAAGUCUUCAAUCCACCUUCUACCCGUACCAUGAAAUGCUUUAGCUGUUGAGAGAGAAAGACUAAUGGGGUAAAAUAUUGAAAGAGAUAGGGAGGAAUAACUUUCCAUUGUGGAUGAGAGAUCUCCUCUAAAGGAUUUGACUAAAGCUAAAAUUGAAAGUCUAAAGGGGCUUAAAGCUGGUUGUUUUGGUGGGCUUAACAGAGCAACAAGUUCACCAAUGAGGGAACCUGCUCUAAUUUUUGUAAUUCUCCUUUUUAAAGUUAUUUAUUAAUCCUAAGAAGCCACCAAUAACU